AUGAAGUUUUCUGUUCCCUCAAAUAUAAUAUUUCUCUUGUUUUGUUUUUUACUGCUAGAUAUUCUUGAUGAAAUUCUACUAGUCUUAUAUUCAACAAUUGCCGAAGUUGUAAAUGACAUGAAUAAUCACACAUUGUCAACUCACUAUGGGAUCACACCGAAUGAAGCAAACAUGUCUUUUCUAACUUCAAUGGUAUCUGUUCUAAUGACUUUUGGAACAGUACUCUCAUUAUUUUUUGUUAUUCCGUUAGCAGAAUCUAAGGGAAGAAAAUUUGCAACAGUGCAUUGCAGAAUUUUCUUAUUAAUAAUAGCAGCGUUAUUUCUGAUUUUUUCAUCAUUUUUCACUUCUUCUGAGUUAUUUCUUCUUGCUGAAAUAUUCAUCGGUAUAGAGCAUCCGUUGAGAACGUAUACCACAAUUAUGUUUGUAACCGAGUGUGCGCCAGACAAAAAUCGAGGAUUUGCAAGUACAGCACUGAUUUUUGCACAAGUGGUUGGGAGAAUGUUAUUGUAUUCCUUGGGCUCUCCAGGAAUUUUCGGUACAACUGGGUUGUGGUUCAUUUUUCCAGUUUUUGUGGCUGUAUGCUCAGCUCUAAUGCUCAUUAUCACUUCUAAGUUACCAGACUCCCCUAAAUGGUUGGUUUGCCAGAAUAGAGUUGAAGAAGCUAAAAGAGCGAUAAAUUAUUAUCAUGGUCCGGAAACUGAUACUGGUACAGAUAAAUCCUCGAAUCUUUUUUAUUUUGUAUUUAAGUUUUCAGACCAAGCUUUAAGUUCUUUAAUCAAAGAAAAAAACCUGACCACCGAAACCAAGUUGUCUUUCAAACAAGUAAUAGGAGAUGAAACUAUGAGAGAAGCACUUAAUGUUAUCUUUGCGAUUACAUUCUUCUUCCUGCUCGACGGAACAAGUAGUCAAUCAGUUUAUACAGUCGUCUUACAUAAAAAUGCGGGUUUCUCAGUUCAGGAGACAAUGAACAUUAGCCUGAUUUUGGUUAUUGUGUUUUUCCCUACUAAGUUUAUUGGAACAUACAUAAUUGAUGCACUGGGAAGGAGACCAGUUAUGCUACUAGGUGGAAUAAUUUGUUUCUCUAAAUCAGUUCUGAUGAUUGCGACCCAACUUGUGAUUCACUUUGCUGGAGAGAGUUUGCUGACAAAAAUGAUGUACGUUGCCGUCGAGAGUUUGACUGCAGCAAUACCUGCGACUGGAGUCAAUACUCUACAUGUACUAUUUAUAUCUGAAUUGUUUCCCCCAUCUGCACGAACAUCCGUAGCACAGGUUUUGCUAAUAACUGCAAUUGUCAUUGAUUCUCCACUACUCUCACUAUUCCCAUUUGUGUAUUCUAUUUUCCCACCGGGAUUUUUUGCGCCAUUUGCAAUAUCUCAAUUUUUCUUCGGAAUUUAUCUGUACAGACAUAUGCCAGAAACAAGUGGACGAGCUGUGUAUGACAUUAUUGAUUCAAUGGAGCAAGUUGUUUUCUCAUGGGUGAAUCGAAAUUCAGAAAUUAUUGUUAACUCAGUUUUCCAGAGUCAAACAUUGGCUGACGAGAAAGUUCCGUUACUCAGAGAUCGGGCAAGUACACUACUGGCGACCAAAAGGAAUAGCAUACUCAACACUUCUCGAGCACGGGUACAAGCAAAUUCUGAUAAUUCAAAGUUCAUAUCGGUUUUCAGUCUUCUACGUACGAUCAAGAAUUAA